CCUCCUCCUGCAAACGCGCGAGUGGUUCCAGCGGGGACUCCAGACAGGACAAGCGGGACGGAGGCGCGCCGGCCGGUCUCUGCGGGAAGAGAGGGCAGAGUCCAGAGUCUCUGAUGUUAGGUAAUUAAUUCAAGAUGUCUGGAGGUUCCGUGGUCUCAUUCAGCGGUGUGGAGUCAUGCCUCUCUUCUCUGAAAAGCUGCCAGUUAUACAUAAGCUCUGGGAUGGAUGUCACUACAAAAGUUGCUCUUGAUCUUGUGGAAAAUCACAAUGACAUGGAAGACGUGAAUAAAAUGGAAAAGGUGAUGCUGGAAUAUGCAGCCAUGAGCAGAGAAGUAAGCCAUUAUAUGCAAGCAGUGGAAGAUACUGUAAAUCAGAUAAAGCGAGAAAAACCAGAAACAAUACCAGAUUUAAAAGAUUUGGUCCAAGAGAAGUUUGUGGCCCGGGAGAGAACGAACAAUGACGGUCAGCUUCAAAGCAAUGAACAAUUUGUCACUUUUAAGGAACAGCUGAAGCAAAUGAAAAUACAGUUUGGCGUUCAGCCAGAUACAGAAGAAAGUCAGACCCUUGAACAAGUCGAUGAAGAUCUAGCCGUGACACAAAGUCAGAUGAAUUUCAAGUGCCCCAUUACACAGGAGGAAAUGAAGAAACCAGUCAGAAAUAAAGCCUGUGGUCACACCUAUGAAGAGGAGGCCAUCCUGGAAAUAAUCGUGCGCAGAGAGAAACAUAACAAGAAAGCUCGCUGCCCCCAAAUUGGCUGUAACAAUGCUGAAGUCAAGAGAUCAGACCUGGUGCCGGAUGAAGUGCUUAAAAGAGCAAUCGACCGUCAGAGUAAACAGAGCCAGUCAACACAGUAGAGGUCUGCUGGCGCUCUGGUGGUUGUUACGACAAAGAAGAUGGGGUGUUAGAAGAGGUCGCCAGUGAUAAAUUGCUGAUUGUUCCGAGGGUUGUGUAACGGAUUGUUAUUUAAAAUAUUCCAGUUCCAGGCAAAGUUGAAGGUCUGACUUGUUGCUUCUGAAAGCGUUUCCAUUACUGUUGAGAGACUUCUCCUCCAACUUGCUUUGUUUUGUUUUUAAAAUUCCAUCCUGUAUUUUACAGCUUGCGUGUUAUAAAUAAAAGGUGAGGGUUUCCCUUU